GGCCCAGGCUGUGGUGGGCUGCAGGCCCGACCCUGAUUCCCCUGCAGCUCCCCACGUGGCCUGGUGAGUGGGUGCGUGAAGCCCAGAGACCCUCGAAUUUAUGGAGAAGAGACCCCUGGAGGGGGCACCCCCCCAGGACUGGCAACAGGCUGAGCAGCCGCCAAAGCUGGAGGUCAAGGUGCUUGGGAGGGAGCCACAGGCCUGGCAGUGCCUGAGUGACCACCGCUGCCCCUGCCGGCACUGUCCUGGACUCGAAUCUCAGAUCUCACGCUGGCGCUUUUAGGUGUGAUCAGGGCUCUUUCUCCCCUUCCCGCCUAAAUCCCAGAGGCUCUCGGAGGAACUAGAGACGCUGACAGAGGCAAAAAUCUGCCAACUCAGGGGGCAGACGCAACCCGGGAGGCAAGCGGGCCUGGGGAAUGACCCCCCAUCUCCAGUCGGCGCCUUCAGCGGCUAGCAGGCUACCCCAGGCUCUCUCUGCCUCAGUCCCCUGUCUUGCCCUGCUCCUCUCAAGCAUCGCGUGGGCCACAUGGGGUCCCUGUCUCCCACCAGGACAAUGCGAUUCUGGCUCUGGGGGCCUCGGAGCCUGGGUGUGGCUCUGGGAGUCUUCAUGACCAUUGGAUUCGCCCUGCAACUCUGGGGGGGGCCCUUCCAGAGGAGGCUACCUGGAGUUGGGCUCCAGCUUCGACAGCCCUGGACCUUGUCACAGCGCCCAAGUCCUCCAUCCUGCCCCCCCAGGCAGCGACUGGUGUUCCUGAAGACACAUAAGUCGGGGAGCAGCUCCGUGUUGAACCUGCUUCAUCGCUAUGGGGACCGGCAUGGGCUGCGUUUUGCCCUCCCUGCCCGCUACCAGUUCGGCUACCCGAAGCCUUUCCAGGCCUCCCGGGUCAAAAAUUACCACCCCCAGGAUGAAGGGACGCCGUUCCCCUUCCACAUUCUCUGUCACCACAUGAGGUUCAACCUGAAAGAGGUCCUUCGAGUCAUGCCUUCUGACAGCUUCUUCUUCUCCAUUGUCCGAGACCCAGCAACUCUGGCCCAUUCUGCCUUCUCCUACUAUAAAUCCACCUCCUCGGCCUUCCGCAAAGCCCCCUCCUUGGCGGCCUUCUUAGCCAAUCCUCGAGCCUUCUACCGACUUGGAGCUCGCGGGGACCACUAUGCCCGGAACUUGCUGUGGUUUGACUUUGGCCUCCCCUUCCCCCCAGAUAUGAAGACCGCGAGAAGGAAUCCCCAUCUUUUCAGAGAUUCUAACACUCUACAGCAGCAUGUCCCACCUGCCGGCGUUAACCCUCCAGCCCACACCCUGGAGCCCAAUGCCUUCUUCCAUCCUGUUCCCACGGUGGCCAAUGGUCAUCGUCAGGCAUCCAGCCCUGACUCUUUAGAUCAGUGGUCUUCCUCCUUAAUCCAGUGGGGUCUGGCCUGGCUAGACUCUGUCUUUGACCUGGUUUUGGUGGCAGAGUACUUUGAUGAGUCGCUGGUCCUGCUGGCAGAUGCCCUGUGCUGGGGUCUGGACGAUGUGGUGGGCUUCAUGCACAAUGCACAGGCUGGCGGUCAGCGGGCCCUCGGUGCUCUCAGGGAAGGGAGGGUGACGGAGGAGGAGCAGCAGCUGGCUGCACGAGCCCGCGCCUGGAACAACCUGGACUGGGCUCUCUACGUCCAUUUCAACCGCAGUCUAUGGACACGCAUAGAGCAAUAUGGCCAGAGCCGGCUGGAGAGCGCCGUGGCCGAGCUCCGGGCUCGGCGAGAGGCCCUGGCUAAACAUUGUCUGCUGGGGGGCGAGGCUCUCGACCCCAAGUAUAUCACUGACCAUCGGUUCCGCCCUUUCCAGUUUGGGUCAGCUAAGGUUUUGGGUUAUAUACUUCGCAGUGGACUGAGCCCCGACGAUCAGGAGGAGUGUGAGCGACUGGUGACCCCUGAGCUGCAGUACAAGGACAAGCUGGAUGCCAAGCAGUUCCCCCCGACGGUCUCACUGCCCGUCCAGGCUUCCAGGCUACUUUCCCCGUAGACAUUAGACUGCAGAGGCAGGCUAAAGAGCAGUGAUACUAUAGACGUCGGGGACCGGCGAUGCACUGGGGGCACUCAGAUAGGAUUUUUUGCGUCCCUCAGAAGGGAUGCCUACCCACUAGGUGCUGCAAGGAGGUCUGUCCUGAAUUAGGCCUUGUCUUCUGGCCGUUGCUUUGGACAUCCUUCUGUUCCCAGCAGCUCUCCUUCUUCCUUAGCUCGUUUGCCCUUUCCCAGCCCCCUGGCAGGUCUGUGUAGUACUUUUAAAAGCCCCCUAGAGGAGCCCUGGUGGCGUAGUGAUGCAUGUUGGGUUGUAGUCUGCAAGGUCAGCAGUUCGA